GUCGGAUAGUCUCUCGGAUGGUUGCGCAUGUGUAUAUCAUGUCCCGCUCUGGCCCUCCCCCCGAUGCUUCCACUCCUUUAGUUGUUUGCUGAUCUUACGUCCGUAAGGAAAGUCAAACAGAAACAGCCACCAUGCCUAGAACGAAAGAUGGAAAGAUCACAAAACCGACGGGCGAGUCUCAAGUCCGGAGGAGGGGACGGCCGGCGAUAGACUGGACGCCAUCACGAAAGAGGAGACUUCUCCGAUUGUAUCUAUGUACUCCUGAGUCCGGCCUGUCGUUGAAGGAGAUCCUUGACCUCCUUGCCGAGGGAUCGUUCCAACCAAAACCUCGACAUACACAAUGUCUCCUUAACGAGCUUCUAUCCAAGUCCUACCGCCAGAGGAGGCCCAAAAACCGAGCGUCGAUGGAAAGGCGACUGGCCUAUCUGAGGUCUAUGAGGGAUGGCCGUCCAGUUGCUGAUCCACCCAAGGGGGACGAGAUUGACUGUGGCAUUCUUCUGGCCAGGAAUCCGUCCAAAUGGCGGCAGCAGUCCCCUGGUACCAACUGUCCGACGAAGAGUUUGGGGCGAGAGAUGACCCGGCUCAGUAUAUCGCACCAUUUGGGGUUGGAACAGGCGAGUGCAAGCGAUCUGAGCCCGAUACCGCCAGGUUCUUCCACAGCAACAAGCUUCGACUCGCCGGAAGCCGAGAUGUCUGCCCCUGAGGUACCAGCUUCAACAGGGAGGAUCUUCAAGCACCACUCUAAGACCAUCAAGGAGAGGCGAUGCAGUCGGGUGGAAAGUUUGAGAGUGAAGCUUCCGGGACGCACUUCGUCAUUCUUGGCCGACGUUGUUAGUCUCUUGAGCGGACUGUCCAUAUGCUCGAGCAGUAACGCCUCUUCUUGUGCCUCUCCCCAUUGGAACCAGCGUUCCUUCUUAUCCAGGUCAAAUUCGUCAGCCACGCUAUACGAAGGACGAGGGAAGAAGAAGUCUACAAUGCCAGAGGGCAAGGCCAUGUCUCCUGAAGACCCGAUAGACUAUAGCGACAAGUAUGUGCAAAACGCCGACAGCCGGGCAAACCAAGAGCUUCUCAAACACUGUUGCAGCAAAAAGGCAUGGUGCAUCCACAAGCGCAUCAGUGCCGUGUGUUUUGGCAACCGGUCGGCCGAUACCUUUGUCUGCGCCGCCGAGGAGGUGAACGACCAGGACGGGCUGGGGAACACCGCACUUCAUGUUGCCGCCCGAUGGAUAGCUCCCGGGCCCGUCCUCUUCCGGAUCAUGACGAUAUCGACAACCAUAACCCUCAACACGCCUAACCACCUCAGCGAACUCUUCCUUCACGUGCUCAACCCUAGAUCACUUGACAUCAACGAGCUCGCUCACUUCACAAAAUAUCUCGUCGGCCGGAAGUUCAACUUUUGCCAACUGGACUCUUCCGGCAUGACAUUCAUCGAGCGCCUUCUUGCUCGCCCUGACUUCACUAUCGAGGCCCUCGAAGCCAUCUUCUCCUACCUCCCCGAAGCCACCCGUCUCUUUCUCCUCAGGCAUCCCUCCAGCCCCAGCCUCAACCCUCAUCAUACCCCUCAACCGCCUCUAAUCCAAGCUAUCCGGGCUCGUCUAAACGUUAUCGAAGGCAACAGCCUCAUCCCCGACCCCUCCCAACUCGAAGCCGCCUCAGCCUACUGCGACUACUUCCUCGCCCGCUACGGCACCGCCUACCGCACCGUCUGGAUCAAACCCCCCUCCCUCUUCUCCCACGUGCCCGUCGACCCUCAAGGGCGCAACAACCUGCACCAAAUCGUCGCCUCCCUCAACGUCGGGCGCAACGUGUGCCCGCCCACCGCCGAAAACCUCUGCUACUACACCCCCCCUUCUUCCACCCCUCCCCCGCCCCCAUCCCUCAGCGACACCAGCUUCCUCGACCUCGACCUCGACGUCGUCGAACCCACCGCCAUCAUGGCCGUCAACCCGCACCAAAGAUCCACCACCACAACCACCACAACCACCAGCCUCUCCUUCCCCCAAGUCCUCGCCCUCGCCCUAGCGGGCGACGUCCCGGAAGACCCCAACAACCGCGACCUCCCCCACUUCCGCACGCCCCUCAUGACCCUCCUCCGCGGUUUCGCCUGGGGCAACCACCACCCCCACCCCCACUAUCCCCAACGACCAUCCGACAUGCUAAGAGAAUACCUCCACCUCCUGCUCGCGCACGGCGCGCGGCCCGAGCUGGUCGACAUCGACGGCAACAACGCCUUGCAUCACGCUGCUGAAUUGGGACUGUUGAGUGCCGUGGUGGUGCUGUGCAAUCAUGAUCCGGACUUGCAGAGGACGAUGAAUCGGACGGGCCAGACGCCGUUGGAUUUGGCGAUUCAGAGGAUGAGCGUUAAGGGUUACAUGCCGAUGACGGAGGGGAUGAGGAGGGUGGGGAGGCAUGCGGAGGUUGUGCUGUUUUUGGAGACGGGGGUUGUGAUGGGGGAUGAGUGAGUGAGCGUCUGUCUCUAGGGAUUGGGUUGUACGAUGAUGGCUCUGUUUUUUUUUUCCUCUCUUUUUGUUUUGGCGUUUUUGUUUGACUGGGUUUGGUUUUCCGUGGAUAAUGUGUUUUGAUGUUGACGUGAUAGAUGCUAGAACUAGACCUUAUACCUUUGUCGUCCCUCGUUUAUAUGGACUUUUUAGUUAUAUA